UUUUAAAAGCAGUCUAGUAAUGAUAGAACGUAAAAAUGCCAACUUAGCAGAAAGCAGCAAAGAUGCUCAGACCAUAACGGCUAGCUGGAUCAAAAUCAAGAAACUUGAGCUACUCAUCGAUUCUUCAGCAGAAACUUUGCAUUCUUGCAAUUACACAACUCAAGUAACACCUUUGGUGAUGCAUCAGCACUCGGGUUGACAAACAAAUUUCUGUGGUUGAAUAUUUUCUGACAUCAGCAUCUUCGUAGCGUUGCUUGUCUCCAGUAGAAGAAAAACAACACAUUGCCUCAAUCCUGUUUUUGGAACGAAGCAAUUCGUUCGAUUUCUGCACAAAUUCAUGCAAUCAGUUUUUAAACAAACCCUUGACCUUUGCACAGAAAUGGUCAAGAGUAUUUGAAGUGAACUUUUGAGCAGCUUCAGAAAAGAACAAAACAUUGAGAUCAGUAUCAACAGGAAGUGGAAUUAGUGUGAAACAUAUUCUUAAAAUUACUUUGAAUUUCUUUUUAUACCCAUCCUGCUUCAGCUCAAACAGUUCUAGUUUCUUCUUGAACGUACUCGACUCUUGGCUCCACGUCUUCUGUGACAAUUUUGUUCCUCUUGAGGUUUUUAGACUUCCUAUUGCUUUACAUAUUUACACCCAUUGCGAGUAUCAGUCGCUGCAUCACUCUGUAGCAGGCGCUGCAGCAAACACAGCUCACCGCGACUGGAUCAGCCUCAUCCCAACCCAGAUCAUUCAUUUUUACUCUAGUUCUUGGAAAUUCCAACUAAUCUCUUCCUUCCAAGAUGGCCUGCCUUCCUCCCAACAACUCUGUUAUACCAAGCCAAACGUGUGUUGCACAAAACCUGACCUCAAUGAGCAUUUUUACCGCCUCUCUCAUUGGAAUAGUGUCUGUCAUCGGCAUCAUAGAAAACCUCCUCAUCCUGGCAGUAGUGGGCUUCCGUGUCAGUCGCUCCAUCAUCAGCAUCUGGAUACUGAACCUGGCAGCGUCGGACCUCCUGGCCACAUUUACCUUGCCCUUCUUCAGUCUCUACCAUGCCUGCGGAGCGUCCUGGAUCCUGGGUUCGACCUUCUGCCGCAUCUAUUCCUCUGUCUUUUUCCUCAAUAUGUUUGUCAGCGCCUUCCUGCUGGCCGCCAUUUCUCUGGACCGCUGCCUGGUGGUGGUGCGACCCGUUUGGGCUCAAAACUACCGAAGCACACAGCUGGUGGGGAAGAUUUGUUGUGUGAUUUGGGCCUUAGCUGUACUCUUCACUAUCCCUUUCUUUAUGUUCCGUGACACCAUCACCCUUGGAAAAGGCAAGUGUCUGUGCUACUACAGUUACUCCCAGUAUCUCCCAAGCGAACCCUUUGACCUUAAAGCUCUAUGUAGGCAGCGCAAAGUGGGUUUGGCUUUUAUGAAGCUGUUUUUUGCCUUCCUGAUUCCUCUCACAAUCAUCAUUCUCAGCUAUGUCGUCGUGAAUUCCAGCUUAGCACAAAGAGGUUGUCGCAGAUCUUUCCGAUUUGUUCGACUUGUGAUAGCUGUGGUGGUGACCUUUGUCCUCUGCUGGGCUCCGUACCACCUUUUCAUUGUUAUAGAAGUGAUGGCUCCCAAAGACAGUUCUGCGAAGAAAGUAGCAACCAACGCCCUUGCGAUCUCAGCAACGAUUGGCUUCCUCAAUAGUGUCCUCAACCCCAUCCUAUACGUCUUCAGCUGCCCUGACUUGUGUCGUAAAAUCAAACAUUCCCUCGGAGCGGUCAUGGAGAGCGUCCUUGCCGAGGAUCUGGCCGAGUUUGCACGGCGUCGCAGCACCGUUCGCAGCUCCAUCAGCAACUCUGAAUAUUCCAUGAAGAAGAAAUACUCCGUUUCUGCGUUAAAUCCGAAAGGCCAGGCGGAAAAUGUCAGCACCUCAGAUGAGAUCUGAAAUGUGAAUUUUUAAAGAUGAAAAGAAGAAACCACUCAAUCUAGGCAACAUACUGCACCUGAUCUCAACAUCUGUUUCAGAAAACAGCAACCUAUGACGGACUUGUCAUCUUUCAGUCGUUAAAGUUUCUUUCAACAACCUAGACGUUCUUGGAAUCUCUUAGAUCUUCAAUCAGCAAGGUCUUUCUUUAGGCUGGUUGCUUUUUCACCCAUCAUUAGCACAGUUUCUUGCGAUUUUACUCAGAAAUGUUGAUUGAAAAGCCUCUUAACUAUGAAUGAAGGCGCUGAAACUCAAGGAUUGGCCCUGCCGUUUCAACAAACGACAGAUGACUUCAAAAUAGGCCAACAGGUAUAUUACAUUUUAUGACUCUAAGGGAGAGUUUAGAUACCCUGUGGAGAAAAAUUAUUUUGGACACUUGUGUCUGUAUUUCGUUCUUUAAGUCUUGACCAAGAUCUCGUGACCAUUGAUGAGGAUAGGAACGUAGAUUGACCUGUAAAUCAAGAACUUCACGUCACACCAAUCCACCUAUUCGUCUUCUGCUCUAUUCCCUUAUACUCAUUCUUGUAUAAUGAUCUGAAAUAUGUUAGCGACAAAAAAAGACACAAAAAUACAAUUACACACAUGAGUGACUAAUUACUUUUUUACAUUAUUAUUGUUAUGUACACUUUUAACCAAACUGUCUUCAAUGUCAGACUCAGAAUCUGUUGAUUGUUCCUCAUACAAGUUGAGAACAUAUGAGGGUUUUUUCAGUUUGUAAAUUCAAAACUGUGGGACUUAUGGAGCUAAUUUGGGGCCAUAAAGUUUGGUCCAAAGCAAACAAAAAAAGAAAAAGAAAAGCUCUGAAACUGAAAAAAAUGUUUUGAAACUGGAAAAAAAUUAUGUGAAACUAAAGAAAAUGUCCAAAAUUACUGUUUAGAUUCAAGUUUUUUUUCAGUUUCAGAUCUUAAGUUUCAUUUUUUCUCAAUUUUGAACGAAAUUAUGGCACCAAUUUAGUUCCAUAGAGUUGAUCUCGAACAUUUGUUUUUCUCUGACUCUGUGGAAACCAUUUCAGAAACAUUGGAUAACUAUUGAUGAAGACAUUUUUAAAAACUUAACAAAACCUGCCCAUAUUUAGUGAUGGUUUAAAACAUUUUAAUCAUUAUAGAUGUGUGGAGUUUCUUACUUUUGUACUUUUUACUGUUAAAAGGAAAAAAAAAAGUUUAUUUUGAUACCUAAUGGUGCCUCCGGUCUUGUACAGGAUGUACUUAAAUCUUUCAUUAUUAUUGUACCGAAGAGAAACAUCGUUCCAUUUCCUCAUUUUGUUUUGAAUGUUUAUUGGUUUGGUUUGCUGAGUCAAAACUACCAUGUGCUUUUUUGUGUGUGUGUAGAUGUAUCAUUAUAGAUCUUAUCAGUGGUUGCUGGUGCUUAUGCAAUUGAUUUUUUUCCAUAAAGUUUCUUUCAAAUAGAUUGUCUUUUUGUAAUGCAUGGCUCAGAAUCUGCCUGUAAAUCUGCGUCAUGUUAUAUUUCUGUGUGGUUUUUAGUGUUAAAAAGAAAAUGUAUAAAUAUAUACUGUAAAAAAUUAAAAAAGAAGAAACAGCAAUGUGUUUCAAUUAGAGAUGAUUCAUUUUCUACACCAGCUUUAUGGAAACGACCUUCAUACUGAUGUUUUUCACUGUGGGAGGAAAUCAGAGUACAUGGAGAAAACAGACAUUUCUGCGGAGCUGAGAUUGAUGCCGUUGUGUUGCUGCGAGGCGACACAACGAAUAACAGCACAACAUUUCUGUUUUUAAGUACAACUGGAAACCGAAACAUUUUAACUUUAAAAUAAAUCCGAUAAUGCAGCAGCAGAAGUUCAUCUCUUACGCCAGUAAAAUAUCCUGAAAGUUUUUGAGUGGUCUAGUCAAAGUUUUAACAUGGUGUAUCCUUAAAGCUGCAGUAUUUAACGUUUAUAAAAAUAUACAUAUAUAUUUUACAUAUUUGUUGAAACUGUCAUUAUGUGGUGACAGUAGGACACAAAUAAUCAAGCUGCUCUGUCGUCUCUAAGUAGAAACAACCAAUCAGAGCCUGGAGGCGGGGCUUAGUGCUGUCAAUCAAUCUCGUGCAGCUCUGCUCAUCCCCCUCUAAUGCAGCUUUUCCCCGUCAGCAGAUCUUGUUAUGAAUGCUAGGCUAGUUAGCAUGACGGCAGUUAAACUGUUUUCCUGUAACAGUAAAUUGUUUCUCCGUCACUAGAACAUUUGGCAGUGAGUACUUGAGGUUGAUUGACAGCGCUAAGCCCCUCCUCCUGGCUCUGAUUGGUUGUUUUUGGUGCAUUUCUUCAGACAGC